UUCUUCCUCAAAUAUUAACAGAACAAAACAUAUGGCUGGAGAAUAUGAAUACGAUGAGAACGAAAAGUUUUGGGUGAAAUUCUAGAAAAAGGAAUAUUUCCUUGCGCUGGUCGUGCGGAUGAAUGACUGUUUUACAAUUUCCAUUUCUUCCGUAUGAUUAACUUCCCUCGUAUGAUAUUAACGCUCCUACACGUGCAGCGAUAAAGAUAGAACUGAUCCCUAUAUCGACUAUAAAUUCAGGUGUUCAGAGCACCUGGUAUUGAUAACUGAUUGAGUCGUCGGAAUGAUCUGGAACGAAACUACCAGAAUGAAUAUAUUCUUUCUCGUCUGUGCUGCUUUGCUAUCAAUUACGGCAGGUUUGACGACGGAGGAAGCUUUUUAUGGAUACACAGCGGAAAUGUCUGACGUUAGAGCACACAUUCAUAACUUCUCUGACUACAUGUCUUCUAUAGAUAAUAAAAUUCAGAUGAUAUCGAAAGAGUUCUACUGGAACAUCAGUAGUCUACGAUCGCAGUACGGAAGCCGAAUGGAUGAGCAUUUCCAGAAAAAGUACCGGCCCAAAGCAGCUCAUUUUCUGGAGAAUUCGACAUUCGCCAAGGACUGCUCACAAUAUAUUGAGAAUCUUCUCAAGGACAAUCGACAACAUCAGAUCGAGUUGAACGAAUACAUAGACACGGCUGUAUAUUCUGUGAGGAAAAUAUUCGGUACUAUUUAUGAAGAAUUGGCUGUCGCCAGGGGAACAUUAGGAGCCCUCGAAAUGGAUGCUUAUAAUUGCGGAUUGGAUUUCCAACCAAGUCAGAUAAAAGCUCCUUUCAAUUGUGCGUGGAAGAUUCUAGACAGAGUGAUGACAGUGCGAUCCGAGGCUGUUGCUAGAAUUUACAUUGAUAUGAUAAGUCUCGAAUUCAUAAAGGCCACGGCCCUGAGGAAAGUACACGUUUCUGUGAGAGAUAGAUUUAUUCCAGAUUUUUAUCGGGAGUCUGGGAUCGAUGGGUGGUUGAAUGUGUACUGCCCACAAUAGUACCUGUAAUAGUACCAGAGUUCUACGGAGAAUCCUCAUUUUUAGGAUGAAUCGAGAAUUCGUGUGCCUUCUUUAUCUGUUGACUUGUGUGAGGAAUUGAUGUAUUGAGUCAACUUCUUCAACUUCUUCAACGUAUUUGUCGAUUUCUGUUUUGAUGUGGUUCGGGGUAGAGCACCGGAGAAGGCCGUUGACACCGUAUUUACGCAGCUUGAUAAUUUUAAAUCCAAAAGCAACGCAGACUAUAUGAAUUCAUUGAGUCGCAUGAUUUAUCGUAAAUUCCCGAAGUUCAUCAUGAAGAAUGAAAAUUAAUGACAAUAAUUGUAAUAAU